GGUCGGUCUAACUGUAGCAGUACUCUGAGUUCUCGUCUUUGUCGGGUGGUACAGCCAGUGUGCUAGUACUAGUACAGCUCUUCUCCGCUCCCGCCCCGCCGCCGCCUGCGUUGGUUGCGCUGGUGUGCUGCUUACACAAUAACUGUGCAUCGAUUGGGUCGAGCAAGAGGAAGCACACGGACAGUGGAAAAUCAGGAUAAGCAAAAGCAAAAGGCAAGCUCUUAAGCUGCUGCCCUGCGGCUUAACGAGUCCCGUUCCUGAGUCCGAUAAAAAAUAAAUAGCAACGCGUGUGAUUAUUUAUUGUUGAAAUCGAAAAGAGAAACGUAUCAAGUGCAAAACAAGUUCCAAUACUGCUAACGGGGUAGUUUUUCUGCGAAAACCCCCCAACAGAAUCCGCCUUCGAGUACGGCAACGCAGAAGCGCAGAAAUUGUGUAAUAGCCCCCGACGUGUGUAAAAGUCAAAACGCAAGAUGCCGACCAAAGCAGCUAAGAAGGAGAAUUUAGAUGAUCUCAAACAGGAGUUGGACAUCGACCAUCAUAAGAUCUCUCCUGAGGAGAUGUAUCAGCGCUUUCAGACACAUCCCGAAAAUGGUCUAAGUCAUGCCAAAGCCAAGGAGAAUCUGGAGCGUGAUGGUCCCAAUGCGCUUACGCCACCCAAGCAGACGCCCGAAUGGGUAAAAUUCUGUAAGAAUCUUUUCGGUGGCUUCGCCAUGCUGCUGUGGAUCGGUGCUAUUCUCUGCUUUGUGGCCUACUCUAUCCAGGCCAGCACCAGCGAGGAGCCGGCCGAUGAUAAUUUGUAUCUGGGUAUUGUACUUUCCGCUGUCGUCAUUGUGACGGGCAUUUUCUCAUACUAUCAGGAAUCGAAAAGUUCUAAGAUCAUGGAAUCGUUCAAGAACAUGGUGCCCCAAUUUGCCACUGUCAUCCGUGAGGGCGAGAAACUGACGCUGCGCGCCGAGGAUCUCGUGCUGGGCGAUGUGGUCGAGGUAAAGUUCGGUGACCGCAUCCCCGCCGACAUUCGCAUCAUUGAGGCGCGAACCUUCAAGGUGGACAACUCCUCGCUGACCGGCGAGUCGGAGCCGCAGUCGCGUAAUGCCGAGUUCACCCACGAGAAUCCGCUGGAGACCAAAAAUCUGGCCUUCUUCUCAACCAACGCCGUCGAGGGCACUGCCAAGGGUGUGGUCAUCAGCUGUGGCGAUCACACCGUCAUGGGUCGCAUUGCUGGCCUGGCCUCUGGCCUGGACACCGGCGAGACACCCAUUGCCAAGGAAAUCCACCAUUUCAUUCAUUUGAUCACCGGCGUUGCUGUGUUCCUGGGCGUCACCUUCUUUGUGAUUGCCUUCAUUUUGGGCUACCACUGGCUGGACGCUGUCAUCUUUUUGAUCGGUAUUAUUGUGGCCAACGUACCUGAAGGCCUGCUGGCCACCGUCACUGUCUGCCUGACCCUCACCGCCAAGCGUAUGGCAUCGAAGAAUUGCCUGGUGAAGAACUUGGAGGCCGUCGAAACCCUGGGCUCCACAUCGACCAUUUGCUCCGAUAAGACCGGAACCCUCACCCAGAACCGGAUGACGGUCGCCCAUAUGUGGUUCGACAAUCAGAUCAUUGAGGCCGAUACCACUGAAGAUCAGUCGGGUGUUCAAUACGAUAGAACCAGCCCUGGAUUCAAGGCGCUCUCUCGCAUUGCCACUCUCUGUAAUCGGGCCGAGUUCAAGGGAGGUCAGGACGGUGUGCCCAUCCUCAAGAAGGAGGUUAGCGGCGAUGCCUCAGAGGCUGCUCUGCUCAAGUGCAUGGAGCUGGCCCUGGGCGAUGUCAUGAAUAUCCGAAAGCGCAACAAGAAGAUUGCCGAGCUGCCAUUCAACUCGACCAACAAGUACCAGGUGUCCAUUCACGAUAACGAGGAUCCCAGCGAUCCCCGUUACCUGCUCGUGAUGAAGGGUGCCCCCGAACGGAUCCUGGAGCGUUGCUCAACGAUCUUCAUCAACGGCAAGGAGAAGGUGCUGGACGAGGAGAUGAAGGAGGCGUUCAACAAUGCCUACAUGGAGCUCGGAGGACUGGGCGAGCGUGUGCUUGGUUUCUGCGAUUUCAUGCUGCCAUCCGAUAAGUAUCCCUCCGGCUUCAAGUUCAACACCGACGACGUCAACUUCCCCAUUGACAAUCUGCGUUUCGUUGGCCUAAUGUCCAUGAUUGAUCCCCCACGUGCCGCUGUACCCGAUGCCGUGGCCAAGUGCCGCUCCGCUGGUAUCAAGGUCAUCAUGGUCACUGGCGAUCAUCCGAUCACUGCCAAGGCCAUUGCCAAGUCCGUCGGCAUCAUCUCCGAGGGCAACGAGACCGUCGAGGAUAUUGCCCAGCGUCUGAACAUCCCCAUCUCCGAGGUGAACCCCCGCGAGGCCAAGGCCGCCGUUGUCCAUGGCGCCGAGCUGCGUGAUGUGUCCAGCGACCAAUUGGAUGAGAUUCUGCGCUACCACACCGAGAUCGUGUUUGCCCGUACCUCGCCCCAGCAGAAGCUGAUCAUUGUCGAGGGCUGCCAGCGCAUGGGCGCCAUUGUGGCCGUGACUGGUGAUGGUGUGAACGAUUCCCCGGCUCUGAAGAAGGCUGAUAUUGGUGUGGCCAUGGGUAUUGCUGGCUCUGAUGUAUCCAAACAGGCUGCUGACAUGAUUCUGCUGGACGACAACUUUGCCUCCAUUGUGACUGGCGUUGAGGAGGGUCGUUUGAUCUUUGAUAACUUGAAGAAAUCGAUUGCCUACACCCUGACCUCCAACAUUCCCGAAAUCUCACCCUUCCUGGCCUUCAUCCUCUGCGACAUACCACUGCCACUGGGUACCGUCACCAUUCUCUGCAUCGAUCUGGGCACUGACAUGGUGCCAGCCAUUUCAUUGGCCUACGAACAUGCCGAAGCCGACAUUAUGAAGCGUCCGCCCCGUGACCCCUUCAACGAUAAAUUAGUGAACUCAAGGUUGAUUUCGAUGGCCUAUGGACAGAUCGGUAUGAUCCAGGCCGCUGCCGGAUUCUUUGUGUACUUUGUCAUCAUGGCUGAGAACGGCUUCUUGCCCAGGAAACUGUUUGGCAUUCGUAAGAUGUGGGACUCGAAGGCCGUCAACGAUCUAACUGACUCCUACGGACAGGAAUGGACCUACCGCGACCGCAAGACCUUGGAGUACACCUGCCACACGGCCUUCUUUAUCUCGAUUGUGGUUGUGCAAUGGGCUGAUCUGAUCAUCUGUAAGACGCGCCGUAACUCCAUCUUCCAUCAGGGCAUGCGCAACUGGGCUUUGAACUUUGGUCUCGUUUUUGAAACCGUGCUGGCCGCGUUCCUCUCGUACUGCCCCGGCAUGGAGAAGGGUCUGCGCAUGUAUCCCCUGAAACUCGUCUGGUGGUUCCCGGCCAUUCCAUUUGCGCUGGCCAUCUUCAUCUAUGACGAGACUCGUCGCUUCUACUUGCGUCGCAACCCCGGAGGCUGGUUGGAGCAGGAGACAUACUAUUAAACACACACACACGCCCCAACACGUACGCCCACACCUACACCCACACCCCACACCUACAACAAAAAUACAAACACACACAUGCCCUCACACUACCAUGAAGAGCAACAAAUAGUAAUGUUUAUGUACCACAAAAGCCACACAACCACAGCAACAGCCAGAGCAACAGCAACAGGAACCGCCACAGC